UCUAAAGUUUGGUGGAGUGGAAUGGAUUCUAUGAUUGAACACCACGUCCAAAGUUGUCAAGGAUGCAUGUUAGUAGCUGCUCCCGAAAUACAACCAAUCACCCGAACCGAAAUGCCACAACGACCAUGGAUGAAAAUCGCAAUAGAUUUUACAGAAAUCCCUGGCGGAAAUCAUCUUUUGGUAGCAACUGACUAUUUCUCAAGAUACAUUGAAAUAAUCAUUCAAAGUUCAAUGACAGCCACACAAACAAUAACAAAGCUUAGGGAAGUUUUUGCAAGGUUUGGAUACCCAGAAGAAAUACUGUGUGAUAAUGGUCAGCCAUUCUCUUCGGACGAAUUUUCGACUUUUUGUAAACGAAACGGGAUAAAAAUUAAACAUUCGGUUCCUUAUGCUGCAUUCCAGAAUGGACAGGUAGAGAGACAAAAUCGUACUAUUCUAAAAUCUAUCAAAAUAAGCGCAGCUAUGGGACGUGAUUGGAAAAGUGACUUACAAGAUUUCUUACAUGCCUAUCGAGCAACUCCACAUUCAGUAACAAAUUUCUCUCCCGCUGAACUUAUGUUUGGAUGGAAUAUACGGGAUAAACUACCAAACUCUACUCGCAAAGUAAGUAUAAACAAAGCUAGACAAAAUGAUGCUCGCAGAAAACAAAAAGGAAAACUAUACAGUGACGAAAAAAGGAAAGCUAAAGAGUCUACCAUCGAUGUUGGAGACUAUGUUGUAGUGAAAAAUUUUAUUCGGAAAAAUAAACUUUCACCAAAUUUUAACCCUCAACAAUACAAAGUUAUCCAAAGAGAUGGAACACGCCUUCAAUUGAAAAAUCUUGAAACAGGUGUAAUUUGUAGCCGGCAUGUAAAUCAUACAAAACGAACUUUAAAUAAAAACCCAUUAUUGGACAAAGAUGCAAUAGAUGAGAAUUCAAAUCAACUCUCAGCUGGUAUACAACUUCAGGAUGCCGAGACUCUAACGCAGAAAGAAACUAAAACACAGGACGUCGAGUUGCCACCAUCAUCACCCGACGAAUUGAAGAAGCGACGACUCACACCCGAAGCCAAUCAAGUUAAACCAAAAAGACAGAAAUGUCUACCUAAAAGAUUUCUAAACUUUGAAUUGUAUAAUUUAAAUAAUAAUGAACUAAUUAAUUUAUUAGAAACUUAUUGUAAACAAAUAAUAGUUUAAUCUAAACAUAUAAACCAAUAGUAGAAAAGAGGAGAGAUGUAGGAUCGCAGUAGUCGAUAUAUAUUAUUCUAUUGGCUAGUAUCUAAUAAAUAAUCAUUCUUAUGUCAACCGCCAACGCAUA